CUAUUUUACGGAGUCCCUGAAGAUCUGGGAUGAGUCGGCAGAUGCUGUAGUGAUGCCAGUGGAGGUCCUUAGUGGGUCAGCGCUGACCCAAUCAUGCCGCCUUGGAUUGUGUCCCGAAGCUGUUCCGGGUCCUGCCAUUCCCAUGCCGAGUGAACCUGGAAUGUUUUGUUGGCUUUGUUUUUCGGUCCUCCCAGCAGCUUCAGGCCAGGACAAGUUAUCAUAAGAACGCGGUACGCCAUUGCAGUGGUGCUGAUUUUUGCAGGAGUGCAUCUGGCAGACAUUGGUGCAGGUGAGCUCUGUUGGCAUGCGACACGAUUGAGAAAAUGCCCGGACUCGGCUCUCAUCACAUUUCGCUUCUUCCCGUCGUCGCCUCACUGUAUACAAAACUCUGCUGCUUGAUGCGCGGAUGCCUUGGGCAGCGACGGAGGCUGAACCACUCACAACUGCAGCAAAACUUUAAGCAAGCCUCGUGGGAAGCAGAGAAACGGUCUGGCCCGCCGAUCAAUUCCACGACAUCAAACUUGCCAACCAUUGCCCAACACGGUCAUCCGAAGCCUAGUCUCCCGCUCGGCUCAGGCGUCGAGCACAUGCAAGUCAACUAACUCGGUGCUUGUCACUCGGUGAUUGUGCGACGCGAACAGCUUGGAUGCAUGAAACCUCGAAGAGGGGGCCAACAACGAACAUAGCUCUGCAGGAGGCC